AUGCUUGACGAAGCUAUACAUGCUGACCUCACCAUUAUAACAGCAGAUGGUACACUCAAGGCACAUAAAGCAGUCUUGUCCGCAACUUCUCCUGCAUUCCUGGCCUCAUAUCGUGACAGCAGCGAAGAGAAAGAGUCGUCUACAAUCCACACAGAAGAAAUGUCACAAGAAUCCUGCACGGCCCUUCUAAGUUACAUGUACGGCACAAUAAAACCCGGAGAUUUCUGGAAACACAGGCUUUCAUUGCUCGGAGCAGCCAAUAAAUACGACAUAGGCGAUCUCAAAGAUGCGUGUGAGGAAAGCCUACUCGAAGAUCUUAACUCCGGGAAUGUUCUUGAGAGGCUGAAUGAGGCUUGGUUGUACCAGCUGCAAAAGUUAAAGAAAAUGUGA